AUGGGCGCGACCCCAUUUCAUUGUUCCAUCCUCGAAGUCUGGCUGCCAAAACACUUUGACAAGCCAACGGACAUGAAGUACAAUAGAACCCAAGACCCACAGGAGCACCUUAUGGCCUUCGAGGCCAGGAUGAACCUGGAGGGAGUGGGGGAUGAGGUAAGGUGCUACGCUUUCCCGGUCACCCUUGCGGGACCUGCAAUACGGUGGUUUAAUAGCCUCCCGCAGGGCUCGGUGGCCAGGUUUUUAGAUAUUAGCCACGCCUUCCUAGCCCAAUUUACUACCAGAAUAGUAAAGGCAAAGCACCCGAUCAAUCUGCUCGGAGUCACGCAGAAGUCCGGCGAACCGACCAGAAAAUAUCUAGACUGGUUCAACGACGAGUGCUUGGAGAUCGACGGGCUAACUGACUCGGUUGCUAGCCUAUACCUGACGAACGGACUCCUAAACGAAGACUUCAGAAAGCACCUCACCGCGAAGCUGGUAUGGACAAUGCAGGAGAUCCAAUGUGUAGCUAGGGAAUACAUCAAUGAUGAAGAAGUCAGCCAGGUCGUGGCUGCCAACAAAUGGCAGCCCUCUUACAAUCAAGCCCGGCACCACAGGAAUGGAGAAAGACAGAAGGAACACGCCAGAGACGGCGGUCCGAGCAAGACACCCAGGCCAUUUCCUCGAGUCGGGAAGUUCACUAAUUACACUCCCUCACCGCACCGGUCAUGGAAGUUUACCAACAAAUAG